AUGCAGCCGACCUCGACGUUUGUCCGACCAGUAGCCAAGCUGUACCACAGAACAGAACACAGACGAGACGAGAAGAGACAGAUGAAGGAGCGGCAGGACACACCGAUCGACAGAUGUACCGAUCGAGGCUGCUUCGACCAUGAAGAUGUACAGCGCAACGAGGACAUUGUGGUAGCAACGGUGGACGACGAGGACCAGGGCAAGGGCCAGAGCGAGGGCCAGGGCGAGGACCAGGACGAGGUCGAGAGAAUAGGACGAAAGGGAGAAAGAGAGGAGGAGUUCGGCGCGUUGAUCGAUCCCUGUCGCACGGACGGACUUUUCCUUGUAUUGUUCAAUAUUGCUCAAAUGGUUGGAUUAGUUAACGGCACGUUGCCUUCCGUGGACAUUGAACCGAUCGUCCUAAUGCCCGACGCGUAG